AUGCCCAAGAAAGUAGUAAAGUCCAGAGCCUCCGAUGUUGACGCUGGUACACACGAUGACCGUCUGUACGACAAAGCAUUCCACCCCUGGCGUGCCAAACUGCGUAAAAUGCUCUUACCUAUAGUACGCAGUGAAACGCCAUGGCUCGCUGCUAUGCAGAAACGGAUAAGGACGCCGACUCUAGAUACGUACUUUGUAUGGACAGCUAAUCUCGGCACGCAUACGUUCUUUAUGAUCUUUUUACCCUUGCUAGUCUGGUUCGGUAAUGCCGGCUUGGGACGAAGUAUUGCAUGUCUGACAGCUUUUGGUGUCUUUUGGUCUGGUUUCUUCAAGGAUUUCAUGUGUCUUCCUCGACCGCUUUCUCCACCCGUCCACCGUCUUACCAUGUCUCCUUCAGCAGCUUUGGAAUACGGUUUCCCAUCGACGCACUCUACCAAUUCGAUCUCCGUUGCGUUGUACAUGGUUGCAAUGGCAUGUGAAAGUGAUCUUCCUCCUCAAUCGCCUGCACGAAUGGCAUGUAUCAUUGGAUCCUUUGUCUAUGCCGUAAGCGUGGUGUUUGGCAGAAUUUAUUGCGGUAUGCACAGCAUAACAGACGUGAUUGGAGGUACUCUCUUAGCCUAUGUCUUGUUUUGGGUCCAAUGGACCUUUAAAGACCAAUUUAAUGAAAUGUUCCUUAGCGACUCCUAUUUUGUAUUUCUCUCUAUUCCCUUUUGUCUCAUUCUUGUGGGAUUACAUGUUUGUUUCAUGGGGGUUUGCAUUGGAUUGUUUCCUGGUAGCUGGCUUUGCUAUCGAUCAGAAUAUUGUACUUUGGGUUUGAGUACCGCUGCCACGAGCCAUUAUUCAAGCAUCGUUGCAUUGAUUGUAAUUUUAAUCAAGGUGAUCCUAGGUGUCGCCAUUUUAUUUAUAUGGCGUAUGGCAUGCAAGCGAGCGUGUUAUGUCAUUCUGCCUCCCAUCUAUCGUGUAUUUAAUCUUCCCCAUCGCAAAUUUGAAAUUGGUGCUAGGUACGCUUGGAUGCCAUGUUUUUGUUUGGUUUGGUUGCUAAAUUAG